CGGGACCAACCCCAGGAUUAACCCCCCCAUUCCCUGGGAAUUCCCAAGACUCCUCCCAAGGAUUAACCCUCCGGAAUUCCCAAUAUUCCUUCCGGGACCAACCCCAGGAUCAACCCCCCCAUUCCCCAGGAAUUCCUCCUGGAAUUCCCAAAAUUCCCUCCAUUAACCCCCCCAUUCCCUGGGAAUUCCCAAGACUCCUCCCAGGGAUUAACCCCCUGGAAUUCCCAGAAUUCCCACCGGGACCAACCCCCAGGAUCAACCCCCCCAUUCCUUGGGAAUUCCCAAGACUCCUCCCAGGGAUUAACCCCCUGGAAUUCCCAAAAUUCCCACCGGGACCAACCCCAGGAUUAACCCCCCCAUUCCUCAGGAAUUCUUCCUAGAAUUCCUGAAAUUCCCACCGGGACCAACCCCAGGAUCAACCCCCCCAUUCCUUGGGAAUUCCCUCUGGAAUUAACCUCCCUCUCCCCCUGGAAUUCCCAAAAUUCCCUCCAUCAACCCCCCCAUUCCCUGGGAAUUCCCAACACUCCUCCCAGGGAUUAACCCCCCGGAAUUCCCGAUAUUCCGGGCGAUCCUCCCCCAAUUCCCCCCCCCGCUUUUUCCCCCCCCCCCCCUUCUCCCCCCAAAAAAUUCCCAGCCUUCCCAUGGAAUCCCAGUGCGACUAUUCCAUGUAUUUCCCGGCCGUGCCCUUCCCGCCCCGGGAAUUCCUGGCGGGAGAAUCCGGAGGGUACCGGGCCCUCCCCCGCCGGAACCACCUUUACCUGGGAGAGACCGUCCGCUUCCUGCUGGUGCUCCGCUGCCGCCCCGGGAAUUCCGGGAAUGCCGGGAACGCCGGGAAUUCCGGGAACGCCGGGAAUUCCGGGAAUUCCGGGAACAACCCCCCUCGCACCCCCUGGGCCGAACUGGCCACCUCUUUGUCCGCCUUGGCCACGGUGGCUCCCGGAGGAUCCGGAGCCGGGGAUUCCUCGGGAAUUCCUCGGGAUGGGGACGGAGCCGGGAAUGACGACGGGGAGAACCCGGAGAAUCCCGCGGUUUUCCGGGAAUGCCGAGCCCUCCUGACCCACAGCAAAGGACCCCCCGGCUGUCCCGGGGCCGGGAUCCCGGUGGAGGAUCCGAUCGUGGCCACGGACGAGGUGAUUUUCCCGCUCACCGUUUCCCUGGAUAAGCUCCCGCCCGGCACCGGCAAAGCCAAGAUCGUGGUGACAGUGUGGCAGAGGGACGUGGAGCCUCCGGAGCUGCAGGAGGGGGGGGGUUACCUGCGGCUGCUCCAGGGCCGCGCCCCCGCCCAGGUGUUCCGGCAGCACCGCGGGGCCUUCAAGGCGCAGGUGAGCACCCUCCUGACCGUGCUGCCACCGCCCAGGGUCCGCUGUCGGCAGGUGACGGUGUCCGGGAAGUACCUGACGGUGCUCAAAGUGCUGAAUGGGAGCUCCCAGGAGGAGAUUUCCCUGUGGGACGUGCAGAUCCUGCCCAAUUUCAACGCCAGUUACCUGCCCGUGAUGCCCGACGGCUCCGUCCUGCUCGUCGACGACGUCUGCCACCACUCCGGGGAGGUGCCCGUGGGCGCGUUCUGCCGCGUGUCCGGGGCGGGCGCGGGCUGUCCCUGUGCCCUCAGUGCCCUGGAGGAGCACAACUUCCUCUUCCAGCUCCAGGCCCCCGAGAGGCCCCCCGAGGACGCCAAGGAGGGCCUGGAGGUGCCCUUGGUGGCCGUGGUGCAGUGGUCGACGCCGAAGCUGCCCUUCACCAGCAGCAUCUACACCCACUACAGGCUGCCCAGCAUCCGGCUGGAGCGCCCCCGUUUCGUGAUGACGGCCACGUGCGAGUCGCCGGUGCCGGCGCGGCGCCGCUUCACCGUCACCUACACCCUGCGCAACGAGCUGCAGGACUUCCUGGCCGUCAGGCUCGUCUGGACACCCGACACUGGAAAGGCCCCGUCCCUGCCCGGCUCCCUGGACUCCAUCGUGUGCCACACCCCCCUCACCAACCUGGGAUACUCCCGGAAAGGCAGCGCCAGGACCAUCCGGGUGGCAUUCCAGGCGCUCCGGGAGGGGCUCUUCGAGGUGACACCAGUGUUCCCAGUGUUCCCA